UGCAACCCCCGUCCUGUAGCUCACAAAGCUCUUCUCCUUCCUCUGUCCAGCUCCUCCUUAAUUAUAAAGGCCGGCCGGAGGUAGCUUUGUGUGCCAUGCGAGACCACUCCUCUUUCUCUAACUCUGCUUGAUUGGGCUGAGAGAUUGCCAAAUAAUUCUUCAUCUUCUUCUCCGACGAUCGAGAUCAGCUAGCUAAUGGGGUUCCCGGCGCCGGUGUUCUCAGAGUGCGAGGUGCCCAGGUUGCUGCUCAGCCUCCUCGUCCUGAUCGCCCGCCUCCGCCGCCUCUACUCCUGGCCGCUCCGCUUCAUCGGCGCCGGCGUCGACGACGACCUCAGCUUUGACCACCCCACUGCCUCCGGCAUCGCCGACCACCACCGCCGACAGGAGCUGUACCACGAAGACCACUGCCUCGUGGAGCUGGAGGAGCACUCCCCGGCCAUGCGCUUCGACGCGCUCUCCAGCGCCAGAGGCGAAGAUCUGCUGCUGCCGGAGAGCUGCGCGGUGUGCUUCGGCGAAUUCCACGGCGCCGCGCGCGUGCGUCGACCGCGCGGGUGCCGGCACGUCUUCCACCGCGGCUGCCUCGACCGCUGGGCCUCCCACGGCCGCCGCACCUGCCCGCUCUGCCGGGUGCCGUUUCUCCCGCCCUUCCUCCUCCCGCUGCCGCUCCCGGCGUCGUGAUUCCCGCCGGGUGUUGUUUGCACAAUCCGGCGAAUCCUGAGGAGAGUGUUCUGAAUUUCUCGCUUUUGGUUGGGUUUUUAGGAAACCAAUCCAACCACAACAUUGCCCACGGAGGUCAUGGCGGUGAGAUGUCAGAAUAUUUUCCGAUCGGCCUCUCCUUUGAAGAGAUUCUCACAAUAACAUACGCAUGGAUGGGACGUCUUCUCGCCAGUCACAGCAAGCUUGAAUUGAUCGCCAGAGCAAUUUUGAAUUGAUCAGCAAGGAGCAGUCACUGUCCAUCUGUUCACCUGUCAAAACUAGCAGAUCAACAGUAGGAGCAAGGAUCAGCAAGGAGCAAGGAGCAGCAAGGAUCAGCAAGGAGCAGAAAAUUGACAAAUUAGCAGAUCAACAGUAGG